AACGUCAGUCAUGGGCCAAGAACGGAGAAACGGUCAUCUGACGCAGCCCGAGUUCAAGAAAGCAGAGGAAUGUCUGUUUCGUGCGGUGCAAUGGGAGUCAUACGCCGACGAGAUAGCAACUUUGACCAGUAAUCUACUACUCCCAGUACAGAAGCGUCAACCACUGGAAAAGUCGAGCCUUCUCUACAAGAUUUCACCGAUGUUGGACACAGCAGGAGUUUUGCGGGUGGACGGUAGGAUUGGCGCAGCUCAACACGUAUCGGUCGACAUGAAAUUUCCAAUCAUUCUUCCAAAGCGACACCGUCUGACGAUGCUUGUUCUAAAUGAUCUCCAUCGAAUGUUACUGCACGCCAACAACGAAACUGUCGUCAACGAAGCACGGCAGCGCUACUACAUAGCACAAUUACGAACCCAAGUUCGACACGUAUCUAUGCAAUGCCAAUUCUGCAAGAUACGUAGAGCGCAACCAGCUGUGCCGCGAAUGGCUCCCCUGCCCAGGGCUAGGUUGUCGUCUUAUGUACGACCCUUCACUUACUGCGGUCUAGAUUACUUUGGCCCCCUAUUGGUGAAGGUGAACCGCAGUCAUGUCAAGCGCUGGGUGGCCAUAUAUACAUGUCUGACAAUACGUGCGAUUCAUGUGGAAGUUAUCCACUCACUCACAACUGAAUCCUGCAUAAAAGGAGUACGUCGAUUCGUCUGCCGUCGAGGUAGUCCUGCUGAAAUCUACAGCGAUAACGCUACUUGUUUCCAAGGUGCUGACCGGCUACUUCGAGAGCAAAUCAACAAGGGGCUAGCCGCAGAAUUCACCAGUACACAAACAACGUGGAAGUUUAUUCCCCCGGGCACCCCACACAUGGGCGGUGCUUGGGAGAGACUAGUGAGAUCGGUAAAAGUUGCUUUAACCGCAAUCCAGGACGGUGGGCAGAAGUUAGACGAUGAGGCUUUACUAACUUUCUUAGCAGAAGCUGAAGGUAUUGUCAACUGCCGGCCGCUUACAUAUUUGCCUUUAGACUCGAUUGAGCAGGAAGCUUUAACACCGAAUCAUUUUUUAUUGGGAAGUUCUUCGGGGGUUCGUUUGCCGGUCGUACAGACAACCGACGAAGUAUCUCUUCUGAAAGGUUCGUGGACAGCUAUCCAGAGAUAUCUGGACACCUUUUGGAAACGUUGGACUAGGGAAUAUCUCCCAACAUUAACGAAACGCACAAAGUGGUUCGGCGAAGCUGAACCUGUUCAACCCGGAGACCUAGUAAUGAUCAUUGAUGACACUAAGCGCAACGGAUGGAAACGUGGGCGCGUGCUCGAGGUAUUACCAGCUGCAGAUGGAAGAAUACGCCAAGCUAUUGUACAGGCUGCCGGAGGCGCUCCGGCUAGGAAACCUAUUUCAAAAUUGGCGGUGUUGGCGGUAUCAAAGAAUGCUGGAACCGAGAACAUGUAGGGUUCCACCAGGGGGGAGAAUGUUGCGAAACUGGCAACCUCAACAGGGCGAAAGCGAAGCGAGCGAAACCAUGACAUAUUGGUUGAACGAUGCGAGAAACGUCAGGUGUAGACAUGAACAAAAAGGAACAAAAUUGUUUCGAUGCGACAACGAGGUGAUUCCAGUGCAUGGUAGAAAUAUGGUUUAUAUUAUAUAACUUGCUAUCAGAAUAGUGUAGAAUCUAGGUUUUCAGUAGGAAAACCGCAGGCCUUAGGUAUUUCACACGAGGUCCUGUAUUGUCUAAUCUAUUCUGUGGGUUAUAUGGCUACACAAUAUAAUGCACUAACCCAUAAAACUCUGCGUCAGCAAAGAUGAAUUUUGAUUGUUAGGAAUAAUUGUUGAAUUAGAUCUACGCACUGAAAUUCUUGUAGCUGUUGCUAACAGGAUUCAGCGUUAUAUUUAAUUAUCCCUCAACAAUAGUGAUCAGAUAGAAUUUGGAUAGUAAGUGCUGAGUU